GUCCUACCUUUUGAUGCUUUCCAAAAACGUGGUUAAUUUCAAAUUUUGGCCGUCCCCGGCUUGCAUAAGCUUAUAAACCAACUUAAGUAAGCCAACUGGAUCGGUUUCGCCCCAUAGCAUUCAAAUAUACCGCUACAAUGGAAAAUCCUCGAUAGUACCGCCGCUAAGCUUCGGACGUAAUCGAUAUUGGCAUCCCCAAUAUAAUAACAAAGAUUUUUAACAGGAUAAAUAGAGAGCUUUGAAACGGGAUUUUAGAUUUGGACAAACGCUCUGAAAUCUUUUGGCACAUCUAGAGAAUGUCGAGCGAGUGCUUUGUGCCCCGGCUGCCGGUGGACAGCGAGUCCAUCCAGUUCCACGACUGGGCCAUCAGCUACGAAAAGUCGCACAUCCUGAAGAGCAGCUGCAAACUGGGCACCGCCGAGUGCUGCCCCAAGGACUCCGCCGACCUCUGCGACCUAUGCCACUAUCAGCAUUCCCUGCAGCUGCCCCACCUGCCCGACAUGGUGUUCCACAAGAACCGGCUGGUGCUGAAGCACAAGGACGGCGCCAUUUUGGAGUUCCGACCCAUGGAGGCGCUGGCGCUGGUGGACAAUGGAAAGCAGCCGCUGGAGGUCGCAUGUGCCCAGGAGUGGCGGGAAACCCGCAACGAGCAGACAAUGGAGGAGAAGUUCAAGCCUUUCGACUGGACUUUCACCUCCACCUACCAGGGCACCAUGAACGAAAAGGUGCGGUCGGAGAGCACGGAUCAGACACUGAACAAGUUCAAGCUGAUGCAGCGCGAAAACAUCAUCUUCUACCACGAUUUAACCCUGUUCGAGGACGAGCUGCACGACCACGGCAUCUCUGUGAUGAGCGUGCGCAUCCGCGUGAUGCCCUCUGGUUUCUUCAUCCUUCUGCGCCACUUUCUACGCGUGGACGACGUGCUGAUCCGGAUGCACGACACCCGCUUCCACCACGAGAUAGAGAACGACUUUAUCCUGAAAGAGUAUAUCCAUCGGGAGGCGCCCUGCACGGAGCUUCAGAGCUCGGUGGCCUUCUGGACCAACCCGGAUGAAAUGCAAAACUUUGUGCCCGUGAAGACCAAGCAGAUGCACAAGCUCUUCUUUAAGUAGUCCCGGUUUCCGAUGUCUGAUGCCCGAUGCCAGAUCCCAGAUCUCUAGGCUAUGUCAGUCUUCGUAUUGAUUAGAACUGCUGCUAUAUGCGUUUAUUUAUUGCCAACAGUGUGCGCAUGCGCAGACGACAUUAAAAGCGAUUUUCCUAAAAGGCA